CAAAAUGUCACGUGACUAGUAUCACAAGACGGUGAUCAAACAAAUCGUAUAUAUAGAGAUAAUCAUUCAACAUACGGUACAGUGUCAAACUAUAAUCAACUGUAAGAGGAUAUAUCAUAUUAAAUAGUGGGCUAUAAUCAUGAGUAAAACGGGUCCACCACAAGAUAAUGAUGUUGAAAGGGCUUUGCAGCAACAACAGCAAGGGACCUAUUACCAUCAGCAACCUCAAAAUGGUUACCAAGCACAACCACUUCAAAAUGGCUACCAAGCACAAUCACUUCAAAAUGGCUACCAAGUACAACCACCUCAAAGUGGCUACCAAGCGCAGCCAUUGCCACAGACCAAUUUAAUCCAACCGAGCUACUUAACGCAACAAGGACAUCAGAUGAGUGGUGGAUUGCAAGCCCAGAUCACCAUUACCCCGAUUAAAGCAAUUGAAAAGUCAGUUGUCGAUGCCUAUAUUUUGUGUUUUGUUCUUGGAUUGACUGGAGCCCAUCACCUAUAUCUAAGACGGCCCUGGUUCUUCGUGGCCUAUCUAUUUACCUUUGGUUUACUAGGAGUGGGAUGGCUGGUCGACAUGUUUAGGAUACCAUGUUUAGUCAAAGACUGCAAUGAAAGAUUGAGAGAUGCCUCAAAAGAGAAGACCAGGAAAAAAGUUGAUGCUUAUCUUCUUUGGUUUCCCUUUGGCCUUUUAGGUUUUCAUUUGUUCUAUUUACGUCGACCAGGUCAAGGGUUGCUUUACUUUUUUACUUUCGGCCUGUGUGGAAUAGGCUGGUUGGUUGAUUUGUUUCGUAUUCCAUAUAUGGUCAGAGAUUGCAACGAAAACCCAUGUGGACAUCAAUAUGAAAGGAAGUCCAUGUUUGCCACCUACAUUCUUUGCAUUUCACCCUUGGGUAUUCUCGGUGCUCACCAUUAUUAUUUGAACCGACCAUACUGGGGUAUUCUCUACACGCUAACCUUUGGUCUGUUAGGAGUCGGGUGGGUGGUAGAUUGGUUCCGUUGCUACAAUUUGGUACAAAGAACAAGAGAGAUUGAUGAGGGUGCAAGAGAUGCAGGGAUCAGAUAUAUGGACGACAUUUAUCUGUUGUGGUUCCCAUUAGGGUGGAUAGGACUUCAUCAUUUCUAUCUCCGACGUUACGUAUGGGGAUUCAUCUACUUUUUCACUUUUGGUUUGUUGGGUGUCGGCUGGUUGAUUGAUUUCUGUCGUCUGCCCUGUUUGUUGAAAGAACAUAAUUUAUAUUUGACUGAGAACAGAAACUUGACCCAAGCUGCACAGAAACAGUUGAACUACGGUCAAGUUAACACAAGAACUGGCGGUGAUAAUUUAGUGACAACAAGAACAAACGAUGGCAUCAUCAUGAAUCAACAACCACAACAACCACAACAACCCCAACAACCAAUGUAUUAUGGUUCUACGGUUGCACCCGGCAUUGUAAUGGGGCCUAACUUUACACAGAUGCCAAACACCACAAUACCCUAUCCACAAUAUCCAACACAAAUCAUAUAUGUCCACCCGGGACAAAAUUUCCAGCCAGGAUAUUAUCAACAACCACAACAGCAAUCGACAUCACAACAACCCAUAAUGCCAAUGCCUGGUGCAGCUCCUGAACAUCCACCGACAUAUGAAGAAGCUACGGUUGAUAAAACAGAAACCAAACAAUAGUUUAGUGCCAAAAAGAACACAGUUGUCCGAGCUACUAAAAUAAAGUACUAUUUGAAAUGAAACUUCGAUGGUAAAUUUAACAGCAUUCAUUAAAUAGUUAAAAUGUGAUUUAAACAGAAACUUAAUCAGCGUGGUUGAUAUUUUUCGAUUUUUCCCAUCUGUUUCAGUUUUAUGAAUAAAUCCCGGUCUAUUACUUAAAUUAAUUGACUUCCGCUUACUAUUCCGAAACGGAAAUUUAAUGGUAUGCAUUUGGUACUGUUCGAAGCCAAAUUAACACUAAUUGACCUAAAUACAAAUUAGGUUCAAGCCCUAUCGUUGUAAUAUACCUACCUUGCCCUGACAGCAACAGCUGUGUUGCCUUGACACCAGCAGUUGCAUUGUCUUGAAAACAGCAAUUACAUUGCCUUGAUAACAGCAGUUACAUUGCCUAGACAGCAACAGUUCUUUUUUAUUGGGCGAUUGGGCGUAGUUUUCUAGGAAAGGCCUGGUAUCUAUUAAUGAACCCAGUUGUGCUAUUAUGUGUCGUUUAUCUCCCGGUGCGCUCUCUUAUUUAUAUUACUACGGAUAAUAAUAUUACUUCAUAUUGUGCUACAUUGUUGUCUUUGUGAAUUGUUAAAUGUAUAUAGAUCUAUGUAUAUUUUUCAGCACUUUUAUAAAUUUACUAUUAUGUUUUUUAGAUGUCAUUAAUAUGAUUAAUUAUUUUUAGGUCUCAAUUAAGAAAGUAUCGGAAAUAUGAAUAUGAAUAAUAAAAUCGCAAAUGGUCCGAAUACUUAGAUUUCUGAAGUGUGUUCAUUUUGUAAUUUAUUUGUGUAAUGUAGAUAUAGGAUUAAUAUUUUAUUUUACGUCUCUAUUAGGAAAGUAUCGGAAAUACUAAUAGUAAGUCUUUUUAUUGUUUUUAAAUUCGAGUGAAGUCUGUGUCACCACAGGCCCGGGACUGUACAGCGCAUUGGACGCUUACGGCUGGCCCCCGAAUCCAUUCACUUGAUUUGAUAUUUUUUUAUUUGGGGCAAUGUCUAUUUUCUGUCUUGUCCGCAGGUUUAUCUUGUAGAUUUUUGUUUUGCGUGUAGUGCGGUCCUCCUUCACAUACUAUUAGAAUUUUGAAGUGUUUUCAUUUUAUUGUUAAAUUUUUGAAAAUAUGUUUUUAUGGUUUUAAAUGUGCAUUUUAAAUGUCAUUAAUUUGUUGACUAUACCAUCUUUGAUUAACUUUGAUUAUAUGUUAUAAUAUAGUUAUCAUCGUUUUAAUAAUAAACAAGUUUUUCUAAUUC